AGGAUUAUUUGGUUAAUUUAUUCAUUAAUUAUUGAUUAAUUAUGAGUUUGUGAUUAAACGCGGUGUAUUCUGUAUAAAAAGGGAGGUUUGUGAGUGAAGGUGUGUGUGAGUUGGUAUUAUCAUGCUGUCGAGGCUGCGCGUCAGUGUUAGGCCGUGUUUGAGUGUGUGUCGCUGGGCACAUACUAAAGAAAAGGGUAAACCGCUGAUGCUCAACCCCCAUACUAACAAGGGCAUGGCAUUCACUCUGAAGGAAAGACAGAUUUUGGGACUGCAGGGACUGUUACCCCCAAAAAUUGAGACUCAGGAUGUGCAGGCCAUGCGCUUCCAGAGGAAUCUAAAGAAGAUGUCAGACCCCCUGCAAAAGUACAUCUACCUAAUGGGGAUCCAGGAGCGUAACGAACGUCUUUUUUAUCGAGUGUUAAUGGAGGACAUUGAGGCUCUGAUGCCCAUUGUCUACACACCCACUGUGGGUCUCGCCUGCACCCAGUACGGGCACAUUUUCCGCCGACCCAAAGGGUUGUUUAUCUCUAUUAUGGAUCAGGGGCACAUUCGCUCCAUCUUGGACAACUGGCCUGAAACUAAUGUCAAGGCAGUGGUGGUGACGGAUGGGGAGAGGAUUUUGGGAUUGGGGGAUCUGGGUGUGUACGGGAUGGGGAUUCCUGUAGGGAAGUUGUGUUUAUACACCGCAUGUGCUGGAAUCAGACCUGAGAGCUGCCUGCCUGUCUGUAUUGACGUGGGAACAGAUAACGAGACGUUACUCAGAGAUCCGUUUUACAUGGGUCUGUACCGAAGGAGAGAGCGAUCUCAGCACUAUGAUGAUCUGAUUGAUGAGUUUAUGGAGGCAGUGGUGGAUAAAUAUGGACAGGAUACACUUAUACAGUUUGAGGAUUUUGGCAACCACAACGCUUUUCGCUUCCUCAAGAAGUACCGGCAUCGCUACUGCACGUUCAAUGAUGAUAUCCAGGGUACAGCAUCAGUAGCUCUGGCGGGAUUGUUAGCAGCGCAGCGUGUUGUCGGAAAGCCCAUCACUGAUCAUACAGUUCUUUUCCUGGGAGCCGGAGAGGCAGCUCUAGGCAUUGCUAACCUGAUUGUCAUGGCACUGAUGGAGGAUGGAAUGAGUCAGACAGACGCUCGCAAGAAGAUUUGGAUGUUUGACAAGUACGGUCUGCUUGUUCAGGGUAGAUCUGAGCCCACAGAUAGUAAUCAGGAGGGGUUUGUGCAUCCUAGUCCGGGUGAUGUGAAGAGUUUCCUGGAUGCUGUUAAUGUUCUUAAACCUACAGCCAUCAUCGGUGUGGCGGGGGCAGGGCGACUAUUCACUCAUGAUGUCAUCAGGGCCGUGGGCUCGUUAAAUGAGCGACCAAUCAUCUUUGCUCUGAGCAACCCGACUGCUAAAGCUGAGUGUACUGCAGAGGAUGCAUACACUCUCACACAGGGUCGGUGUUUGUUUGCCAGUGGGAGUCCGUUUGCUGCUGUAACUCUGGAUGAUGGCAGGAUGCUGAUUCCGGGACAGGGGAACAAUGCUUAUAUAUUCCCAGGUGUGGCUCUGGCAGUAAUUCUAAGUGGUGUUAGACACAUCAGUGAUACGGUGUUCCUCGAGGCUGCAAAGACCUUAGCAGAGCAGUUGACGGAUGAGGAACUGAAUCAGGGUCGUCUCUACCCUCCUCUUUCCAACAUUAGGGAGGUUUCUUUACAGAUGGCUGUAAAGGUGGUUGAGUUUCUGUACAGUAAAGGAAUGGCGUUUCGGUACCCAGAGCCACUGGAUAAGGAGGCGUAUGUGAGAUCCAUCGUGUGGAACACAGAGUACGAUUCCUUCCUCCCAGACAUCUAUGAGUGGCCUGGAGUCUCCCAUAAUCCCAUAGUGGAGUAAUCAUACACCCUAUAGCAUGCACCUGAAACAGUCACACCCUCCAUUCACAGCUCUGUAAUGUGUAACUAUCACACAUCCCCAUGGGGAGUGAUUCCCAAACUCUAUUCAUCAGCAGCACACUCCUUCUGUUAACGUUAAUGUACAGUCUUGCUAUUAAUAAAACACCAUGUGUGUGUGUUUGUAUCAGCUAAUACA